AUGUCCAUGGUCGUCACCAAGUCUAAUGACCAGCUGCCCCAGGGCCAGCACCAAGACCAAGACAACCCUCCAGAGUACAUGGCGGAGCCAGCCAUCAACUAUCGCCCAACCCUCAGUCAACGCCUCCACCGCCUCUCCUCCCGCGCCGGCAACCCUCUGAACAAGGCCUCCAACAUCUUCGGCGCAGAAGGCUGGUGGCCAACCUCUCUCGAGAAGGAGUCCCUGAAAGCAGCCCGCAUCCUCUACUCGUUCACCAACCUCGCCGUCGCCAUACCACCGCCCCCCAAGGCCGGCGGGCCCAAGCACCCCAUCGGUCUCACCGAGAAGAAGCUCGUCAAGAUCCCCGUCCAUGUUCUCCGCAACUGCGCCGGCCUGGCUAUCUUCAACACCAUCCGGGCGGGUGCCUGGCACGGCAGCGUGAGCGGUGGCUCGGGUGUCGUCAUUGCUCGUCACGCGGACGGUACCUGGUCUCCGCCUUCUAGCUUCAUCGUGUCUAGCCUUGGGGCGGGCUUCGUCUUCGGUCUCGACAUCUACGACUGCAUCUGCGUUCUCAACACACCCGAGCAAGUUGACGCCUUCACGAGGCCUCGCCUCGCCCUCGGUGCCGGCGCCAGCGUCACAGCCGGACCCGUGGGAGGGGGCGCAUCUCUUGCGUCUGCUGUGAGCAAGAGUGGCCGACCCAUGUGGAGUUAUAUCAAGUCCCGUGGAUUGUGGGCUGGUCUUUCCGUCGAUGGCACCGUUAUUGUGAACCGUGGCGAUGCGAAUGCGCUCUUCUACCAGGAGAAGGAUAUUUCAGCACAGAGGAUUCUUCGGGGUGGUGUCGCGUGGCCGAUGGAUGCAAAGCCCCUCUUUGAGGUCCUCAAGGCUAUUGAAGGCCGUGGUGAGGUUGAUCGCAGUGUGGUGGACGAAGUUCUCAGUGAACCUCCCCCGGGUGAUGGCGCGGCUGCACCCCCGGCGGACUAUGUCGAUGUGCAAGCUGAGCUUACGGACGACAAGAGGAGCAUGGGACAUGAAGCGGAGGUCCGCAAGGGGGAUGACCUUUAUGAGAGCUCAGUGGUGGAUGAGAAGGAGGCCCUCGCCAAGGCCGGUGUCUGA